AUGUCAGAUCUUAUUGGUGGGGGUCCUUCAGCAUCUGCUGGCGAUGGACGCGGCAAUAAUGGCGGCGGUUCCAGACAAGCUGCACCGGGCACCACUGGAUCGCCUGUUAUCAAAGGCCCAAGAGACAUAAUGCGGGAGCGCGCAGCCCGCGAGGAACGCAAAAAGGAGCAGCAAGAAAGAGAACGAGAAGCAAUUGAGAGGGAGCGGCAAGCACUAGAAGCCCAACGAGAAAGUGAUCGCCGAAGUGCAGAAAGAAGAGCUGCUGGCGUUGCGCAACCACAAAGAGUGGAAGGACAGCGUGGAUCUGGAGGAACCACAGGUCAACGAAUUUCAGAUAAUUCUCAGAGAUCAGACAGACGCUCAGGAGAGAGGGCGGGCACAUUACAAGGCGUGGGAACCGGUGGGAGAGCUGUGGGGGGAGGUGAGACUGCUCCUUCCGCGAGACCACGACCUACACAAUCUCAGCAACAACCACGACCGGUCCAAACAGAACCAUCACGGCCUAGACCUGCACAAGCCCAACCUGGGCCAUCUAUGGAACCAGUCAUCCCACCACCAGAAGGAGCCCCCACUGGAACCAGGUCCUCUUUCCCACAUGCUUUUGAGAGAUGGGAGACGCUGUCUGCUCAUUGGGAAGGACUUACAUCAUUCUGGAUCCGAAGAUUGGAGGAGAACAGCAAUGAGAUCAAUCGAGAUCCCCUUUCACAACAACUUUCUCGCCAGGUCACAGACCUCUCGGCUGCUGGAGCCAAUCUUUUCCACGCAGUCGUAGAACUACAACGAUUGCGAGCGUCUUCCGAAAGAAAAUUCCAGCGUUGGUUUUUCGAGACUAGAGCCGAACAAGAGCGUGCUCAAGAGGUUCAAGCAAUGAUAGAGGCUAGCUUGGAUGAAGAACGACGAGGACGAGCAGCAGCCAUUGCCGAAGCCAUCAGCCACGAAAGAGACCGAAGCAACACUGACAAACAACUCGCCGAGAUGAAGAGAGAACUGCAAAUUUCCAAGGAGGAAGCGAGACGUGCCUGGGAAGAGCUUGGUCGUCGGGAGCAAGAGGAGCGGGAACGCACAGCUUCAUUGCGAGAAGGCCAGCCAACUAUUGUGGGAGGCGUGCAGGUUGUUCCGAUGAUGCAAGGCGUCCCGAGUGGACAUGGAAGCUCUCGUGAUAUCCCUCCUACUAGAGAAGGCCCGUCGACCGCUGGACCACCCCAAGAACCGGAACCUUCUGCAGCAGAUUUUGAUGCAGCGUAUACGCAAUAUUCCCGAGCCCAACGAGCAGAGCCGGUAGAUCCGUUUGUCGAACAGAUGUCAUCUCGACCUACUCAAUCUCGAUCACAGGCUCCCCAGAGUGCAGCAGUCACAACAUAUGCUCAAGAGUACUCCCAAGCGCCCGCAGUCCAGCCUGCUUCACCGUCUGCUUUUUACCAGCAACAACAGGGUACUUUGCUCCAUCCAACUGAUCGUGGAUCAUCCCGAGGAGCACCAUCUGAAGGUGCGUUCAGCGAAGAAGAAUAUGAAAUUGAUCAUGAAGGUCAAUUUGUUCUUGAUCCUAGUGGCAACAAGGUCCCGUUCCGUGCGCGUUCUGACUACGAUACAGAUGAAUACGAUGUUGAAGAAGAUCGCCAACGAGAGCAAGCGAAUCUGCAGAGAUAUGGAACCAGUGCCGAGUACAGACAAAGCGAAACUGCAACAUCCGGUGCAGGAAGAGAAUCCUCGACAAGCCAACCUUCAUCCAGCGAGCCAGGAGGCGCUGAUUAUACAGGAGCCGGUUAUGGUGGUGGAUCUGGUCUUGAGUGGGGAGCUGUUCCUCGCCAUCACCACCCAACUCGACUGAGUGACGUACUCGAGGAAGACGAGAGAAGUCGAACCAGUGCAAGCCAAGUUAGUCGGCGAGAAUGA